AUGGAUUUCAACACGAUCAACUCACCCCUGCGGUUCCAGCGGCCGAUCAUAUUGUCGCCACCGCCGCUCGACGCUUCGUCCCAGCAGCAGGCUGCUCUCCGCCAGCAUCUGGUCGGGUUUAACCUUCAGCAGGAGUUUGAAGCGCUCAACGAGAACCUCGAUUUGGACUUGAAGGAGAACGACGGGCUGGAACCGCCACUGGCGGACGCGGCGCCGCCAACGGCGCUGACGGCGACGGCGCUGGCGGCGACGCUGGUGCCGUUGACGAAGCUGGGGUCGGCGCCGCAACCCCCCGCCUCCAAGUUGAUGGCGCCGUCGCUGAAAUACGGCUUCUCCCAGGACCUUUUGGGGCUGAUGCUGAACCCGUUGGCGUCGUUCUCGCAGUCGCAAGCCCUUUUUGACCGCCCGCAACUGGUCAACGAGUUCCCGGCGUUGGCCCAGGCGGCCACGGCGCUGACCCCCUCGCUGGCGCAGGCCCACCACCCUGGCGGUGGCGGGCUGUCGUUCUACCCCGACCUCAUUGCAUUUACCUCGUGGAUCGAAAGCUUGGCCCCGCAAGAGUCGCUCAAAAUGGUCGACUUCUUGUGCAACAACUUGCCCAUCGACAUCUUGCUCACAUUCAAGCUGAAGCUCGACGUCCACCUCACCCUGUACCACCACGGCGCGCCGCAGCUGGGGUACUCGUUGCCCUACGGCAACCAGGACUUGUACUCGGACUUCGACGCGAUGCUGUUGGCGCUGCCGCUGCUGCAAAAAGCGCCGUUGCACCAACCUAAACCUAAGCCUAACUUCCGCAGCCAGUACUUGUUCGCCGACGUCGCCAAAAACCGCCCCAAGCUGGCCGACCCGCUGAUUGCGCCUCACACGCCACAAGCGGGUCAGCCCCAGCUGCUGCUGUCGCUGGGCCAGAUGUCGUCGCAGCAGAUGCCGAUGGCGUCGCUGGUGAACCCGUUGGACCGCGCCCGGUCGCCGACGCUGCACUUGUUUGAAAAGACUAAUUUCUUACAAUUGGCGGCGGCGAACCCGACGCUGCCGAUGACGGGGUACCACUCGAUGCUGUCGUCGGCGAUCAACCCGCAGUCCCCGCAAGCGCCGCCGGCGCAAACCGAUGACGAUUUGUCGGCACACACCGCGCUCAAGCUCGGUGCGUUGGCGACGAUAAACCUGAGAGUGGCCCUCGACCUGAACCGCAAGCAGCAGGGCCACCAAUACUAUCGUCAAGGAUUUGAGGAUACCAUCAACCGCACCGCGAACUCGCUGCUGGUGCCGUUGAUGAUGCAGCGCCUGGCGGCGCCGGGGAUGAAGACGCCGAUAAAGCUGCCGAUGGCGAUGGGGAAGAAGCUGAGCCCCGACCACAACAAACGCCCCCCGGUGCCGGUGCUGCUGUCGGCGUUGGCGGCGCUGAACCUGCUGAUGCCCCUCGAGGUGACCAACCUUGAAUUGUUGUCCAACAUCCCCGCGUGGCUCAAGUUGUUGCGGUUGCACAAGUACACCGACUGUCUCAAGGACGUGCCCUGGGAAGAAUUGAUCGAGUUGGACAACGACGAUUUAGAGGCUAAAGGCGUCAUCGCCUUGGGGGCGCGGCGCAAGCUCCUCAAGGCGUUCGACGUGGUGAAAAAGGCCCAUUCCUUGUAA